UACUAUUUCAACCUUGGGUUGUCCUGAUUCGGUGUCAGUUAUUUACAGAUUGUGAUUAAAUCUGAGCCUCUUUAAUUGUUUACUUUUGACAUUUUAUUUGUUGUGGUCAUUCUCCGGUGAAUAAUGAAGGGAAAACUUGAGCUUUCGAGUCUCUCCAGGUUGGUGAAGCGAUCCUAUGCUUCCCAGGCUCAAGCUGUUCGUAAAAGUGAACCUAAAAAGGAAUUGGUUAAAGGUGAAUUGAAACAAAAGGUUUUACCUAAUGGUAUGGUUGUUGCUUCUUUGGAUAAUCUUUCACCAGUAGCUAAAAUUGGAGUUUAUGUUCGUGCUGGACCUCGUUUUGAAACUUCUAAGGAAGUAGGUGCAUCUCAUUUCAUUCGAUAUGCUGCUGGAAUGCACACACAAAAUUUCACCAUCUUUGGUAUUACACGAAAUAUUGAGUAUUCUGGUGCAUCUCUAACUGUUUCCUCUACUCGUGAUGAUAUCAUUUACCGUAUGAAUGGAUUAAGGGAAUCCAUCAAGGACAAUUUCAAAUAUCUUGCCGAUACAGUCUCUCGACCAGCCUUUAAAUUUUGGCAACUUGAUGAUUAUAGAUACCGAAUGGAAGUAGAGAUUGAACGAGCCAGGAUUGACCCACAACAAGUUCUCCUUGAGGAAGUUCACCGAAUUGCUUUUCGAGGAGGUUUGUCCAAUUCCCUGUUCGCAUCUAAAGAGGUUCUUGAGCAUCAUGAUCCAGAACAUUUAUCAGAAAUGCUUCAUCAUUACCAUCAAAGAACUUUUAUUAAUAAACGAGUUGCGAUCGUUGGACUAGGGGUUGAUCAAGAUCAUCUAUUAGAACAUGUCGAAAAGACUUUCGGAUUAUCUGAUUUCUCUGGUCCAGAGCUUGCUAAAUCUAAAUUCAUUGGAGGUGAAUCUAGAUUAAUUAUGGACGCUGGUCGUAAUCAAACUUAUGCUGUGGUCGCAACUGAGGGAGCAAGUUCUGAAAAUCUUAAGGAUGUUUUGGCUUUCACUUUAUUGCAAAAUAUUCUCUCAACUGGAGUUCACGUUCCAAAAGGAAUGGGUGCUAGCAAACUCUCUCAAGCUGCAGGAAAAGUAGCUAAAGCUCCAUUCAGAGUAGAUACUUUAAAUCUAAAUUAUGCUGAUUCUGGUUUAUUUGGAGUUGCUAUUGCUUGUCAUGCCAAGGAAUCUGGAGACAUUGUCAAGGCUGUGGUCAAUAAAAUGCGAGAAACUUGUAAAAAUGUGAAAGAGGACGAAUUGCAAACCGCAAAAAAUCAAGCCAAAGCGGCUCUUUUGAUUGCUUCUGAAGAUGAAGGUAAUCUCAUUGAUACCUUAGCUGCUACACUUAUGAAUCAACAUGAGGCUAAAUCCAUCGAUGAAUUGGAGAAACACAUUGAUGGUAUUACACUAAAGGAUAUUCAAUCAAUUGCAUCAAAGAUAGUUAAAUCCAAGGGAACUUUAGUCUCUGUGGGUAAUUUAGAUAAUAUGUGUUACUUGGAGGAUUUAGCUUAGCAAGUUAAUAUUUUGGCUAAAAAGUUUUAACAGAACCAUUUAUGUGGAGAUGAUGAAACCCAGAGCACGAAUCUUGAAACAAUCUUAACAUCUUGAAAUGAUUUAUUCGAGUUAGAACAUGUAAAUUAAAUUAUUGUUAUCAUUUAAAUGUUUCAAAUUUGUCUGUAUAAAGUCAAUCUAAAUUCUCUCCUAUUCUUUCGGUUUCUCUUAAAUAAGAAUUAAAAUUUCAAACUCAAUGAGAAAA